AUGUUUCAAUAUGCUUCACUGUUGGGAAUCGCGUUCUUAACAGGAAAACACCCCCUUCUUGAAAACUCGGACACACUUACAAAACUCUUCAACAUAUCCUUCAUUGGAAUCGUCAGCAAGAAAACCAAGAUCUUCUUUAAUGAGGUGAAGUAUGCAUCACACGACUGCGAUCACUACAACCUACCUGAUGUGACUGUUCAGCUAAACGGGUACCGACAAUCGUGGAAGUAUUUCUCCUCUGUCAGAUCAGAAAUAAGAAAGGAGUAUACACUCGUUCAAACAUACAGGGAUCUCAGUGCUCAAUGCUUCCAGAAAUAUACAAGUCGACAUAAAAACAGAACUGUCAUAGGGUUACAUGUACGGAGGACAGAUAUGACAUGGAACACCAAACAUGGCUACACGGCUGCCCCGUUAUCCUACAUACGUAAAGCUAUCAACCAUAUGAAAACAAAGUUCCAAAAUCCUAUUUUUCUAACUGCCACCGAUGACAAAAAAUGGUGCAGAGAAAAUCUACAAUCCUCGGAUGUCAUCCUUAUGGAAAACACGGAUCCUUACUUGGACUUUGCAACCUUGACCUUGUGUGAUCACAUGAUAAUGACAGUAGGCACAUUCGGAUGGUGGGCUGCCUGGUUGGUCAAUGGGUAUACUGUGUACUACAAAGAUUACCCCAGAGCAGGUUCCCCGCUUGUUUCUGGGUUCUAUAAAGAAGACUAUUUCAUGCCAGACUGGGUUCCACUUGGUGCGUGAACUUACUAUGGGUAAUUAUCACUUUUUGUACCCCCUUUGGUCCUGUUGAAUAAACAAAAGCAAGUCCAACUUUUACUCAUUUGGGAAAAAGGCAUAUUCAUGCAUGUGAAAUGAAAGGAAUCAAACCGAAAAUCGAUGGGUAAUUAGGUAUGUACCCCUUUUGGUCCUGUUGAAUAAACAGAAAUUAAAACUCCAACUUUUAGUGAUUUAACAAGAACCAUCUUAACGUAACAAAUGGUUUGGUAAAUUAUGCCAACACAAAGAAACAUUAUUUUGUCAUACUUUAAGUAUACAAGAGAAACAGUAGAAGUUCAUUGCCUUGGUGUGAUCAUUACAGUUAUCAAUAAAUUGC